AUGCCGCACAGCCACCACUCCCACUCGGGCCAGUUCUGCCGCCACGCACAAGACACCCUCGGCCACGUCGUCCUCGAGGCCAUCCGCCAGGGCUUCCACCUGUUCGGACUGAGCGAGCAUGCCCCCAGGUACCGCAUCGAGGACCUCUUCCCGGAGGAGGCAGACCUGACCCCCGCCGACCUGUCCACAGCCUACACAUCAUUCCUCCACGAAGCCGCCUCCCUCCGCUCCACCCACGCCCACGCCAUCUCCCUCCUCAUAUCGAUCGAAACCGACUACAUCACCCCUCUGGACUGCACAAACCUCACAAGCAUACUGGAAGAACACCACGAGAUCGAUUAUGUGGUGGGCAGCGUGCACCAUGUGAAUGGCGUAUCCAUCGACUUUGAUAGACCUACAUGGCUGAGGGCGCUGGGGGACCAAACCCUGCCCGAACUCCAGCCAUCCCAUACCCCAUCCCCAGAAACCCUCAUACCCUUCCUCUCCAACUACUUUGACGCCCAACACACCCUCAUAACGACCCACACCCCGGAAGUCCUCGGGCACAUUGAUCUCUGCUCUCUCUGGACGCCUGGGCUGGAUUUGAAAGCCGAGGGCAUGGAAGGGGUGUGGGAAAAGGUGGAGAGGAAUGUGAGGGCUGUGGUGCGGUAUGGAGGGUUGUUUGAGGCGAAUGCUGCUGCUAUCCGUAAAGGAUGGGGCACGAGUUAUCCCGGCAAGGACAUCUUGCAGCUGAUCCAAGAGCUCCGGGGCAAGAUCUGUCUCUCUGACGAUUCACAUGGCGUCUCAUACGUCGGCCUCAACUAUCCCAAGAUGAGAGACUACUUGACGAGCAUGGGGGUGGAACGGAUAUGGUAUCUGGUACCGGCUUCGCAGAGGAAGGAGGGUGACGAGGAGGUGGGCGUGAGACGGCGAGUGGUUGCGCGACCGAUGGAUGGGUGGGCUGAACACCCCUUCUGGGCCAAGCUGGAGGCUGCCCAGGCAGAUAGAUCAUAG